GAUUGGAGGAAAAACUGCCGUUCCAUCGAACUAUUGAUUUACUGGAGCAGGGUUGUAUCUUUCAAAAUUUUUUUUCGUUCUCAUGGAAAAUCUCAAAUGGCGAAGAAUAGAGGCGAGAAGAAGCGAAGCGGCGCAAUUACGAUGGACGUAACUGAACCAACUGUUUCAGAUAUGGUUGAAGAAGUAAUUGACGCUUCAGAAUCUGGAGCUCAGAAGCAAGCUCCUAGUAUGCUCAACAUAUGAUGACUGAUUCUGAGACCUUUUUUGAAGCAAAAAAUCAAGAAGGGAAGACCAAUGAAGAGGUCAAAGAAUGUUUGAAAGAAGAAUGCCAUAGACAAAGCUAUAUCAUAAAAUGACAACCCUUCCAUAUGAUGCCAAACUUGAUCUGGGUGUGGACUUCUGGACUGUGGCUCUACAUAUUCCAACUAAAAUUCACUUUCAAGGAAUUUUGAACACAUUGCCCAGAUCCCGUGUCAAACUCAGAAAACGUUUGGCCUCUAUGAACAGGAUGUGCUUUUACUGCAAGGUAGUCUCCGCCACCCUCUGGCCUGGCUGGCGCCUCCGUAAUGGCAGCUCUGCUCUGCUUUGUAACCAUUGCGUUUCUGCUUAUGAGGAAGGAAUAUUCUGCUAUAUUUUUCACUGGGAUGCCAGCGGUUGGAGAGAUUGUGUUACUUGUAAAAAGAUGGUUCACUGUGGAUGUAUCAUGUCAACCCAUACACAUACUGAAUUGGAUUUUGGAGGUGUAAGAUGUACUGAAUGCAUAUCAAAUGAUAUGCUUAUGGGAGCAAACAGUUGCAGAUCCAAAUUCAAGAAUGCUUGUCCCAUGACCUUGCGAGACCUGCCAGAAGUUAGACUAUCUCUUGACUUGGGCAAAGUGAUCACUGGCAUCACUGAUGGGACACCAUCACAAGAAGAUGCUCAUUCAUGUGAAAAUAGAGAACAGUUGCACACUGAUUCACCUGAUGUAGUUGAUGUAUCCGAAAGUUCUACUAUCAAUAAGCAGCCUCAAAGUGACGGUCCUAGGAAAAUCCAUUCAUAUCGUAAAUACCUGCCUGAGGCAAGUGAUGAGGAUUUGGAACAAAUCCAAAAACACUCAAAUUCUUCUGUCAUUCCUUUGUUUGAAAAGGAAUUGACCAGCAGUGAUGCAGACCCAAAGAAUGGGCGUUUGGUAAUACCUAAAAAAUGUGCACAGGAUUAUCUUCCAACAAUUUCUGAGCCACAAGGAGUUCCUAUUAAAAUCCAAGAUACAGGGGGAAAAUACUGGAAUUUUCGCUACCGUUUUUGGCCUAAUAAUAACAGCACAAUGUAUGCUCUAGAAGGAACUAGAGAUUACUUGGCUGUGAAUCAAUGCCAACCAGGUGAUAAAGUUGCAUUUUAUCGGAUAGAACCAGAAGGUCAGUUGGUCUUGGGAUUGAAAAAGGCUCAAGCAAGUACAUCUGAUCUAGAGAGUUCAAAAUGAUGUUCCAAAAGGAAGAUUACCGUCCUUUCAAGUCUAUUGUGAAUCUUGUGCUUUCCAUGGAUGCCACUGAAGCUGGUUGGUGGUGUCAGAUUGAAGCUAGUCUUUCUCUCGUAAACUUAAAUUAUCCUUUUCCCUUUACUUUUGAAACCCACCUAGAUACAAGGAAAACAAAUUUGCUGUUUUUUUAACUUUUGGUUUAAAGGAAGGUGCUCUUGUCAACGAAAGACAUGCAAUAUAUCAAAAAGAUAUGAUUUGAAAAUGGUUUCAGGUUUAUAUUCCACGUAAAAAGAAGGCCCAAAUAAACAGCAAAAAGGAAGUCAAGAAAACGAGUACACUUGAUAAUGUGGAACUCAAACAGGGAGCAAGUUUACAAGAAUCAGUGCAGCCAAUCACAGUGAAGCAACAGGACACUUUUGUGAGAGGGUUGGUAGUUGGGAGCAACAAAAAAGGAGAAAAGACAGACUGAAGAGACAGAAGGGAAUUCAGAAAAAAGAUAGCACAGGUUAGGAGGGAGAAGAUGGCCUCUCGAAGUGCCUAGGAGUCUUCUGCAGUGUUAUUUUGAUGUAUAGCAGUUUAUUUGUAUUUUUUGGGAAAGUACUGUGCAGUUGUAACGUUUUGGAGUUUCUGUAUUUAACAAUUCAGUGAUACAAAUGUGUACACAUGUAACUUUUGGAGUAUGAUGAAGGAAUGAAGCCCUUUUGAUGCUG